AUGGAACUGGCGGAGAAGGUAUACAAUCAAACGAAAAAGAAGUACGAAGCCGGAACGGGAUCACAAACGGAGAUCAACUCGGCUCAAACUGAUAUGAAAGCUGCCCAGACAAAUUAUAUCAAUGCGCUUUAUGACGCAGUCAUCGCAAGGAUUGAUUUCUUAAAAGCAACCGUCGGCAUCACCUUAGCCUUUUUGUCGGCUUGCGGCUCCGAUUCUAAAGAAAAGAACAAGGGUGUCGCUGAUUUGAAAGCGAAAUUGGAGAAACUAAAAAAGGAAAAAAAUGGUUUGGAUGCACAGAUCCGCCAGGUGGAGGAACAGAUCAUAAAAGCUGAUCCUGCUGCUGCUGAACAAGUGCUCAAACUCGUAUCUGCUGAUACGCUUCGUAUCCAGGAUUUUGCCCACUAUAUAGAAUUGCAGGGAAAGAUCGAUGCGGAUGGUGUCGCUUAUGUGGCGCCGGGUGGCAUGGGUGGUCUGGUUAAAGCAGUUUAUGUCAAUCUGGGAAGCCGCGUAAGUAAAGGCCAGGUAAUCUUAAAAUUGGAUGAUGUGAUGGCUAGACAGAGCCUGAUCAGCGCACAGCAACAGGUGAGUGGUGCAAAAGCCCAGCUUGCCCAGGCAGCAAGCGUUUACCAGCGCCAGCAAAAUCUCUGGAAAGAAAAUAUCGGAACAGAAAUACAGGUGAUCAAUGCAAAAACAGCUGUUGAAACUCUACAAAGCCAGGUGCGUGCUGCAGAAGCCCAGUUUGCCACUGUUGCAGACAUGCAGAACAUUGUUGUACGAAGCAGCACCCAGGGAGCAUCCGUGUACCUGCGCGACAUUGCCGAACUGAAAGACACCAUCAAGGAUAAAGAAAGCUAUGCUCGUCUCGAUGGAAAAAAUGUCGUUACACUUAACAUUGUCAAGAGAGCAGGUGAAAACCUGAUCAAUACUUCAGACAAGAUCAAGGCGGUUGUAGCGGAAAUGCAGAAAAAUGAAGAGCUCCCAAAAGAUCUUAGAGUAGAGUUUACUGGUGACCAGAGCAAGCAGACAAAGACUUCAUUUAAUGAACUCAUCAACACGAUCAUCAUCGGUUUCAUACUGGUGCUGCUGAUCCUGAUGUUUUUCAUGGGAGUUACCAACGCGUUUUUCGUGGCGUUGAGUGUUCCAUUAAGUGUAUUUGUUGCUUUCAUGUUCCUUCCUAUUGCGGAUGCGAUUAUUGGCUCGAGUGUUACACUGAACUUUAUCGUUUUGUUCGCGUUGCUUUUCGGCCUGGGAAUUAUCGUGGAUGAUGCUAUUGUGGUCAUUGAAAACACCCACCGUAUUUAUAAUAAUG